CUGCCUGAGUUUGCAGUCGAGUGCGCCACAGGGCAGCGCGGCUAUAUUAUAUAACUUUAAUGUACUCUCGCGUUUAAUGGCGCAAAAGCAGAACAUUGCGCCGCAGAUCUGUCGACUCGCUGCGGAUUUACCUUGAGAUUGCCGGCAGGUGACCGAUCGAUCACUUUUUCCCCUCUGCUGGCGACGUGCGUUAAAAGUUAUCGACAGAUCUGAGGAACGGCGCACACGGUGAAUUUCGCCAGCUCCGGCUGCGUCAGCGGCGUUUGUUGAUUUUACUUCAGAGAUAUUUCUGAAAAAGAAAAAUGUUUCCCUGUCGCGCGGAGAGAGAAGCCGCUGCCGAUCCAGCUGAUUUUCACCACACACCAUGAGUGCACGGAGGUGGGUUUAUCUGCGCGCUUGAUCGGUGUGGACACUGUGUUACUUCUCACGUUUUCCCCAACUUGGAUUGACAGGACAUGACCUAACCGGCGGAGUGCACCCCUUUUCACGACAGGAUAAAGAAAUGGAUCAGGGUGGGCUGAAGCGAAAUGGUAAUCGAGAUGACAGCCUGACAUUUGGGGCGAUAGAGGCUGAAGUAAACCGAGAUACAGGUGACACACCUGGUUCACUGCUCCGAUCUGCAAUGCAUCUGCCUGGCUCUGGGUCUCUGCCGCCGCCCACAAUGGCCCCGAACGGACAGGGUGGAACCAAAGACCAGGGGGACCUUGGAGGCCUCUUUGACUCUCCUCAGCAUCAUGUGCUCUGCGAGGACACAAACAUGAAAGAGGGUAAAAUGAUCAGAAUGCAGAAGCAACAACCACAGGAUAUUUGUAUUUUCAGCAUGGGGGACAGCUUGCCGUUGUUGAACCAGAGUAUUUCGGAUCUGGACCGGACAGCCACCGCUGUCAUCAGCACGCAAGACACCUCUGUUCCGGGCAACCUCCCUCUGCCUGACCUUUUUUCCCAGCAAAUCAAGCAGGAGGGUUUUUUCCCCCUUGACAAUAACUUGGGAACUUACAGUGGGCACACAGGCACUGGGCCGUCUGAUCUGGACGGCAGCAACACCCGCCUGAUUGAGGAUCCCGAGAUUUGGCGAGAGUUCGACCUUCCUGGCUCCCUGCCAGAAAUCAGCGCUUUUGAAUUGGAUUCAGAGGUGGCAAACUUGGAGGAUAACAUCCUCCAUGGGACAACAAGAGGUGGUGGCCUGUUAAAGGAAAGCAAGUCUCUUAUGGGUAACGGAGACAACUGUACCAGUGUUAAUGGCACAGAGCAGCACCAUCCCAUUCACCAUCACCAGCAGCAGCAGCAGCAGCACCAUCACCACUUACUACAGCACCAGCAGCAACAGCUUCACCAUCCACAUCAGCAGCCUCCAACACUUCUUUCCAGUGUCAUUAUCAAGGAAGAGAAGGAUCCUGAUGAGCCUUUCAUCCACAUCCGCACUCCAGGUGUGGUCAAACAGGAGAAGCAGGACGGCGAUGAUAUCUGCCAGUCGCAGUGUCUCCAGGGCGGCAUGAGCUCUCUCCAUGGAGGAGGCUCCAUGUCUUCUCCUAUGGGGAUCGGUGCAGGACCUGGCUACCACUACAGACCCAAUCCGACCUCCACCGUCGGCCUUCAAGACCAGAAGCCUUUUGGCAUGUUCUCCAACAUGCCUUUGCUGGGGGAGAGCUGGAUCAGGGGCAAAAGGUUUGGAGAGUCAUCUGGAAUGCAGAGCAGCGAUGAUGGGCUCCCCUCUGCUUCGACCUUGUCAGCCUUUCCUGUCAACUUCACCAGCUCGUCACCCAGACCAGGAGAGACCAGCAGCUCUGCCGUGUCGGGUCAGUCCAAGCCCAGUGGGCAGACCCAUAAGAUCUGCCUGGUUUGUUCGGACGAGGCGUCCGGAUGCCACUAUGGGGUUGUAACCUGCGGCAGCUGCAAGGUGUUCUUCAAGCGAGCCGUGGAAGGAUGGAGAGCACGACAAAACACAGAUGGCCAGCACAACUACCUGUGUGCAGGGAGAAAUGACUGCAUCAUUGAUAAGAUCCGCCGGAAGAACUGUCCGGCCUGUCGCUUCAGGAAAUGUCUUCAGGCCGGAAUGAACCUGGAAGCGAGGAAAAACAAGAAGCUCUUCAAGAUAAAAGCUCAGCGGGCCUCUGGAUCAUCGGAGCCCAUCAAGAACAUGCCGGUUCCCGUCAUCCCCAGGUGCAUGCCCCAGCUGGUGCCCACCAUGCUGUCUGUGCUCAAGGCCAUCGAACCGGAGAUCAUCUACUCGGGAUACGACGGCACGCUGCCCGACACUUCUUCGCGGCUCAUGACCACUCUCAACAGGCUCGGGGGGCAGCAGGUCAUCUCCGCCGUCAAGUGGGCCAAAUCACUGCCAGGCUUCCGCAACCUCCACCUGGAUGACCAGAUGACGUUGCUGCAGUGCUCCUGGCUCUUCCUCAUGUCUUUCAGUCUGGGCUGGAGGUCGUAUGAGCAGUGCAACGGCAACAUGCUCUGCUUCGCGCCCGAUCUCGUCAUCAACAAAGAGCGUAUGAAGUUGCCCUUCAUGAACGACCAGUGUGAGCAGAUGCUGAAGAUCUGCAAUGAGUUUGUUAGACUGCAGGUGUCCUAUGAGGAGUAUCUGUGCAUGAAGGUGCUGUUACUGCUCAGUACAGUACCUAAAGAUGGCCUGAAGAGCCAGGCGGUUUUCGAUGAGAUCAGGAUGACGUACAUCAAGGAGCUGGGCAAAGCCAUCGUCAAGAGAGAGGAGAACGCCAGUCAGAACUGGCAGCGCUUCUACCAGCUCACCAAGCUACUGGACUCCAUGCAGGAGAUGGUUGAGGGUCUUCUCCAGAUCUGUUUCUACACCUUUGUGAAUAAAACCCUCAGCGUGGAAUUCCCGGAGAUGCUGGCGGAGAUCAUCUCCAACCAGAUACCAAAAUUCAAAGACGGGAGUGUUAAGCCUCUGCUGUUUCAUCAGAAAUGACUGCCUUAAACUGUGAAUCAAUGCCUUAAAUCCUGCCCGGCCCGCGUACCUCUCCAGGACUGUCAGCACUCGCUUAUCCUGCCUCCCUCGAGCCACUUUGACUCAGCUUUUCUUUUCUGUUUUUUUUUUUUUUUUUCGUCCUGGGCCUCCUUUAGGAAUUCUGCCACACCUCCUCAGGCCUCAGCCGUUCAGCCUAAACUUGGAGCACAAUACCUUUGGCCUCAAGCCACCUAUUCCACUUUUAGGUUCGCAAAGCUACAGUAAGACACAAUAUUGCUGACUUCUUCUCGGCCGACUGAGAAGAGUCCGGCCUCUGAAUGUCUCUUGGGCAGGGUGCAUUAUGGGCGAUCUAUCCCCCCUUCCCACACCCCCUACCCUUAGCUAUUUCUCUUCCUCCUCCUCACACACACAGUCCUCAGAUUUCUAAUGUUUUCCUGCGAUGGCCAUCUGCCACUUACUCGAUCCCGCCUCCAGAUUUGUCCUGCAGUUUUCGCCGAAAAGCCGACACCUCCAAACACCUUCCCCGCACCGCGGCACCACACCCGAUCUACUUUCCAACGCGCCGGGAUUAGCAGUUCCAGCUGGGUGAUCCCCCGCUCACCUGCCCUGCUGUGUGUCCGUGUUCGCCCUUCCCAGCCUCACUGCACAGAGAAUGUAGUCGGGUUCUCCUAAGGACUGUCGACAAAAAAAAAAAAAAAACAAACACAGCAGGAAGAAUUGGAGAUAUACUUUAUUUUCCCCUGGAUCUCAAGGACAAGUGAGGAUGAGCCAAUUAUGAGCUUUUAACUCUUCUAUCUUCAUAAAUAUGAUUUGCAUCUGAUUCAUACAGCUGACCAAUAGAAGAUAAAGAAGAAGAAGAAGAAAAAAAAACAAAUCCCCGCAGAUUUAUUUUUUGUGUGAUGCGGACACAUGCAGAAUUCACAUGCGAAGUAUAAGCAGACGCAUUCGCUCAGCCAAAUGUUUACACAGGAUAUAUCAGAGGGAAAACCAGUGCCUUUUAGUUUUCAAGCUCCUCAUAACCCUCCUUUCUAAACUCUUGUUUUCUGCAGGAGUUUAAAAUGCUUUUUGCGUGUUUAGUCUGCUUUUGGUUUUCUGGCAAGUUCUGCUUCUGAUGUUUUUAAUGUGGGAAGCCCUCUCUUUCCACUCUGAUCUACAGAUGUUGCAUGUAAGGGCGACAGCCAAUGGUCAGAUCAGAGAGUAUUAAUGCAGUAGAAAUUUCCUCAGCCAUCUUGAAUUGCCCGUCUUGAAUCGUUGGAUAACUGCGUAUUAAAAAAAAAUUUUUUUUUGUGCGUUUCUAAUUACAGCACGUCCCAAACAGUAUUCAGUUUUCAAAAGUGGCAAAUUAUAUCGUCAAACAAAAUGAAUGCAGUGCUUGUAGAAGCUGUAACUGAAUGGACAUCACUGGAAUACAGACGUAUCUGAUGUUUUCUAAAAUGUUAAGGUGAAUGUGAGGAUAGAAUAAAACAGGUAUCUGUCUAUUGGAUUAAUUUAACUUUGUAAAUCUUACCAGUUUCUUCAAAUGGAGCCUUUCUAUUUCCAAUCUGUUUUAAUAGAACGAAUCACAGUUCAUCUAAUGUUGCAUCUUCAAGCAGAGACGGGCAACUUUGAUCAUGAUGAGGGUCUUUAAAGUUUCAUCUUCUCUGCCAGAGGGGGAAAAAAAUGUAAUGGAUGAUUUACACAACACAAGAGAAUCGGAGCUGAUUUGAUCCUAACACCUGGCCUAAUAGAUGUAAAGUAACUAUAUUAAAUCAAAAUGCGCAGUGUGAAAGAAAUGACCAAAAGUCCCGACGAGCAAGCAAUCACUUGACAACUUCAUCGCUAAACAAACAGCUUCCUGUUGGUUGCAUAUUUGAAAAAUAUGAAGUUAAUAAUUGAAGUUAAUUUCUUACUCGCAGUCCAUCUAGGUUUAAACUCUUAUUUUUAUCUUAAAUGCAAGAAGCAAUUUAAUCCAAACAGUUUUGUGGUUCAGUUAAAUUUUACUGGAAAAUCACAUCAGUUGACCGCUGCUGAAUGUCCGGAUGCUCUAAAACAGGGACAGAAGUCAGGAUGACCUGUCUUCUCUGUACCUGCAUCAUACUGAGAUUGUAGCCCAGUACUUGGUUUUAUAAAGGAUUUAUUGAAGCUGCACUUUAAUCAACUUGUGUAGCCGCAUUCCCGCGUCCCUCCUGAGAAUAUGCAUCAACGUCACACAUGAAAUAAAGCAAAGUUUGGAGGCUUGGAAUUGGAAUUUCUGGGGAUUUUGGAUGAAGGCACGUUGUGUACAGUAGGUUUAGUGAGUAUUUAGAGGUGUAGCUGGCUCCAUCUAAAUCCCUCACACUGUUGAUUUAUAUCGUAUUCCUGAUAGGAAGCCCUUAAGCAUAAAUGAAUCUAUGAAAGUAUUUUUUUUACACAAGAUAAUAUUUUAGAUGAUAUACACCCUUUAACUUUAUCCAAAUAUAAUUGCACAAACAGAAAGAUGAUUAAGAUGUUAAACUCGUUGAACUAAAGAAAAACUUUUAGCAGAUUUGUUUUAUAUGAGAAAUGUGAAACGACAGUUACCCAUAUUUGAUAAAGUCUGUUCUCAGCACGUAAUUUUACCUCUGAAGCUGAAACAUUUCUCGGCGGAAGCUGCAAUCCAGUCCAAAUGAUUUGUGAAUCGAAGCUCAGGCUAUAUAAGUGAUAACAUCACUUGGAUGUGUUCCACUAGUGCCAAAUGUUAUAGGAACAUUUUACUUUAUUUUUCCUGGAGAUGUGAAAAAAACAGAAAAAACAACAAAAAAAAAAGCUUAUUCAGUCGUGAUCUCACAUUAUGUGUUUGUUGUAACGUCGCUUCAUGGUGCUCAUCUUCAGUGUCACACCUACACCAGCUUCAACGUAUUGAUUGUCAUCAUGCAGCGCGAUGUAUGAUCCGUUUCUUUCCUUUUCUUCGGAGAUCCACAGAACGUAGUUAUUUUCUUUUGACAUUGCAAGGCGAGUUGUAAUUUCUGCUCAUGUCACCCCAGUGAUGGUCAUCUUCUGGUACAUUUGGAGUCUGAAAACACGCUCGAUGCCAGCUCACGUGAGGGCCAAAGCAAAAAUGCACGGAGGGUGCAGAUUUACGCCGCUCCCCGCUGGAAGUGUGAAACGUGAACGAUGAGCCCAUCACACACACAAAACGACACAGCUGACCUCUCCUCCCCCCCCGCCCCCCUGUUUCUCCUGGUAGUUACCGGGCCUCUCUGCCUAAAAUGUCCACUGUCUGGAUUUUUUUAGCGGUUUGAUUUGAACAGUCCUCAUCCCUCCGCCACACACACACACACACACACACAACACUGAAUGCCAGCUAGCAGAGCAGGUAGCCGGUUGCCAUGGAGACCGGUCAUUUGUGUGUUACUUACAGCUAACAGCGCAGCGGGCUCUGGACGCGUACGCGCCUCGAUAAAAUGAGGGCCAUCUUUUUCCUUUUCUUCGUUCUUUUUGAAAAACCAGCCGCUUCGCUGAAGGGUGGCCACGGCAGGGCCGCUUCGUGUACAGAGGAAUCUUUCAGCUCCAUCCGCCAGCUCGGUCUCGUGGCCUUGUGCUGUAAAGAACAUGGGCUUGAUGCUGUUCACGUCACUGUGUGUUGAUUAUUCUGAGGGGUGGGGUAAAAAAAAACAAAAAAAAAAACAACAACAAUCUACUAAGCUGUCUUUAUUCAUCUGGGUAACUUUGCAUCCAUUAUUCCCAGCUUUAAAGUAUAGAUAUAAUCAUAUCAUUUCUAAAUGGCUAUAGAUGUAUAUAGCAACGCUGACAUAUCUAGUGCAAUGUAAAGAGUGUCUAUUAUUAAAAAAAAAACAUAUUUUUACAUCGACAUACCCUCUAUACUCAUGCAUCUUUUACCUUUCAGCUACACGUUUGAUUAAAGGCCUUGUGAAAGGGAGACAGAGAGCCAUAGAAAUACGACUUCAAAUCAGGAAAUACAUCAGCCCUUAUCAACUAUCAGAGCUUUUGGAGAUCGAUCUAUUGUAAAAAAGAAAAAAAAAAGGAUAAAAAAAAAAGAAUAUUUUCUGUGAUUUUGGAUCGUCUUUGAUAUGACUAAUUUUACUCAAUCAUUUUUGUACAUUGAACGAGUCGAGAAAGUAAAUAUUUUUCCGUUUGUUGGUUUGUGUUUGAUAAAGGUAGGCGUGUUGAAUACAUUUAGAAAGUGUAAAACAUGUUUGUCUUGUGAAGUAAAUGUAAAUUCUACGAGUCAAUGGAAAAGUCUACAUGGAAGUUCACUGUGUUUUUAACGAAAUAAGGAAACGAGGGAGAGAACGAUGGUUCGCGAGGAGGACUGUAGGAGAUCUUUUUUUUUUCUUUUGCAUUUAUAUAUGAGUGACCAAAGCAGAGGAGGAAAAAACAAAAAAAAAAACAAAAGUAGUAUUCAAGCAGUUACAUUUUGAGUAACACUCACUAUCCACCUUCUACUACUUCUUGUUUUAUUUUCAAAUGUCUUUUGUAAAGGUAUAAGCUUUGGAUCCCAUGUAUAUUGCUGUGAGGAUUGACUGGUCACUUUAAGAUAGAAAACUUAAAAAAAAAAAAAUGAACUGAAUCUCCAUGUGAAAGUAAAUUUCCCAGAGCCUGACGGAAUUGCACUACCCUCAUAUUGGUUGAUAUAGUCUAUUUUGUAUAAAAUACAUGCAAAUAUUAUCUUUAAAGAUUAAGGGCAGAUCAUGUUUCACUGGUAUAUAUGGCUAUGGCUUUCACUGAAGUCCGUUCUGUUCGUAUUUCAGUUAUGUAAAUGUAAUCCAAUGUAAAACAAAACAACAACAACAACGAAAAAAUACAAUAAAACAGACAAAAAAUGAGAAAUGUUUGUUUAAAAAAAACCAAUAGUUUGUAUUACUUCUGUAUAACACCUUCUGUAGUCAGUGUCGCUAUUUUCACCUAUUUGAUUAAAUGUUGAAUUAAGUUAUCUGUGUUGUUCUUUGACAUUCGGUUUGGCAUCGUGUUGGAUGAUGUUUCGUCAUUGCUGGUUGAAAGUGAACUGAUUGCUCUUUAGUUCAAACAUCUUACACAAUAAAAUUUCCUGUUUUUCAGCACUCA